AUGGCCAAAGACACCAAGUCUUCGGCAUUCAAGUCGAAGACCCCAAUUGGCAAAGUCCCUUUACUUGAGACGGAGGAGGGAUGUAUCUUUGAAAGUGGCGCUAUUGCUCGCUAUAUAGCUCGCUUACGUCCUGAUCUUGGACUGUAUGGCAAAACUUUCUUUGAAUCAGGUCAAAUCGAUGGUUGGAUCGAUUUCUCUGCCUUUGAACUUGAAGUACCUCUCGAAGUUUGGGUUCACCCUAUUCUUGGUGUUGGCAAAUUUCAUGCUGCUGCUUCAACUAAAGCCAAAGCUGAUGUGAGAAAAGUUUUGCAGACUUUGGAGAAUCAUUUGCAUUUGCGCACAUACCUUGUAGGUGAGCAGGUGACGUUAGCCGACAUUGUUGUCGCAUCGUCGUUAGUGUACCCGUUUAAAUUUGUAUUGGACAAAGAAUUCCGUAAGCCAUUCCCUGCUGUGAUCCGUUGGUUUACGACGUUGGUAAAUCAACCGGAAUUUCAAGCUGUUGUUGGUGAUGUGCCGCUUAUUGAUGUAGCAUUGACUGCUGUGGGUGAUAAUUCUGCUGUAAAGACUGUCAAGAAAGAUGCUCCGAAGAAAGAGAAGGCUGGUCCGAAGAAAGAAAAGGUUGUUGUGAAAGAAGAGGAACCGAAGCCUAAGAAAGUCGAACACCCACUUGCCGUGUUAAAUCGAGAGAAGCCAUCGUCGAUGAAUUUGGAUGCGUGGAAAGUUCAGUAUUCGAAUACAAAGAACUUGGCAGAUGCCAUGACGUGGUUUUGGGAACACUUGGAUACAGAAGGUUACUCACUCUGGUUUUGUGACUACAAUUACAACAAUGAAAACACCAAGAUGUUUAUGACGUGCAAUGCUGUUGGUGGUUUCCUGCAACGCUCUGAGGCUAUGCGGAAGUAUGCAUUCGGUGUUAUGGACGUUUGUGGUGCUGAGGGAUCGGAGAUUAUUAUCACGGGCUGCUGGUUAUUCCGUGGUGACUCGGAGAAGCAUAUGAUUGAAGCUAAUCCGGAUGCUGAAUACUAUACAUGGAAAAAAGCGGAGCUUAACGACGAGACAAAGGCACGCGUGGCGGCCUAUUGGUGCAAUGAGGAUGAGCUUGAGGGCAAACCCAUUGCUGAUUCCAAGGUUUUCAAGUAA